AUGAAAGAAUUUUUAAAAAUUAAAAAACUUUUUAACAAAAAAUACAACAAAGAAAAAAUAAAACAAUAUAAAAUAAAAAAUGAUUAUAUCUUAGAUAGAAUAGGUUACUUAACAUUUAUAAAAAUAUUAAAAUUUAAAGUAAUAAAUAAUAAAAGCUUGAUUCUUAUUCAUCUAAAGAAGCUUCAUAAAAUAUAAGCAAGAUCCAGCUCUUGUUUAGCAAUGUUUUUGAUAUUGCCUCUACUCAUAAAAAAAUAUGUCAGGAACUAUAAUGAGAUAUUUGACUAAAAUGCCACUUUAUUUGGAAAAGCUUUUGAAAAAUUAAAAAAUUUGACUUAACUUUCUCUUCAACUUCAAAUAAAUUGCAUAGAAAUUCAAGGGGCUUAAAAUCUCUUUACAUCUAUUGGACAAUGCAAAAAUAUAAGACUAAUAAAUAUUGAUUUAAGUUAAAACAGGAUAAACUUAUCUAAUACAAGCUAGUUAAUUAAGUCUCUAAGUUAAUUAUAAAAUCUUACUUCGUUAGCAAUUAACUUAAGUGAAAAUUUUAUAGAAUCAGAAGAACAUGAAAUUAUUGAUAUUUGUGAAUCUUUAUGUGAAUUUCAUAAGUUGAAAAACUUAUUUUUAGGUUUAUAAUCCAUUAAAAUUUCUGAUAAAGAUUUAUCUCAACUAUUUUCAUAGCUUGGAAAAGUAAAGCAAUUAUGUAAACUUAAACUUGAUUUAAGCGAUAAUCAAAUAUAAGAGUAAGGAGCUUUGAUUAUAGGUGAACAAAUAAGCUAACUUAAGAAUCUGGUUUCUUUGAAUUUAAAUCUUAACGAUAAUAAAAUUUAAUCAGCAGGAAUUAUAAAUCUAAUUUAAGGAAUAAAUUAAAGCUCAAAAUUAACAAAUUUUGUAUUAAAAAUCAACUUUAACAAAAUAGAAAAUAUGAUAAAUUAAAUAGAUUUUAAAUUAAAUGUAAAUUAAUUUAAAUUUUUAAAUCACAUAGAACUAGAUUUAAGCUAUAACGAAUUUUGUUAGAAAGAGCUGAAAUGCUUAUUUUACUAAUUUAGUUUAAUUGAAGCUCUUAAGUAACUAUCUGUUGACUUAACUUCCAAUUAAAUAAAUGAUCUAUGUUUACAAGGGCUUUGUGAUGGAAUUAUUAAAUGUACAAAUCUAAAUGAUUUUAAACUAAAUUUAAGCAUUAACCAUAUUACAGAUUUUGGAGCUUAAAUAAUUGGCAGUUCAAUAGGAAAAUGUUACAAUCUCUGCUCACUAACUCUAAUAUUAAACUAAAAUAAAAUAACUACUUAAGGUUUUUAUUAUUUAGAUUAAACAUUGGAAUACUGUAAAAAUUUGGCAUCUUUUUCACUGUCGUUAAGAAUGAACUAAAUAAGAAGUUAAUAGGAAGAAAUCUAACUGCUUUAAAAUCUUUAAAAGUGUGCAAAUCUUAAAUAAUUUGUUCUUCAGAUAAGCAACAACUCUUUUAGUGAUUAUGAUGCUUACAAAUUGUUGAAUUCUCUUUACAGCUGCACAAGCUUACAUACUUUAGAAUUAGAUUUAAGUGAAAAUAGAUUAGAUGAUAAAAUUUUAUCAUUUUUAUUCUAAGAUUUUUUACCAAUUAAAAAAUUAUUGGGUCUGAAGCUUGAUUUAAGUACUAACAAAAUUGAAAAUCAAGGAGUUAAGAUAUUAAGUGAUGCUUUAAGUCAUUUUCAAGAAUUAGAAGACUUAAAUAUUGACUUGAGUUGUAAUUCAAUUAGAAUAGAUGGAAUUUCUGCAUUAAGCAUUAUCUUUUAAAGAUGUAACAAACUAAUUCAACUUAGAAUUUCUUUAAAAAAUAAUAAUUUGAAUGAUAUUGACUUAGCUGAGUUGAAUAAAAAUUUAGGAAAUUGCAAAAAAUUAACCAAGUUAUUUCUAGACUUGAGUUAUAAUUAGAUUGGAGUGAAUAAAUAUUUAUAUUUAUUUUAAGGUUUAUCAAAUUGCUAGAAUCUUUAAAAUUUACAGAUUGACUUAGAGAAGAACUAUAUUAUUAAUUAAGCUUGUGAAUGUUUUAGGGAUGAAAUUGGCAAAUAUACAAACCUUUUUAGUGCUAAUACAAAUUUAAAAAAAAAUGAGAUCGGAGAUUAUGGAAUUGAAUUAUUAAGUUAAGGGUUAGCAAAGUGGUAAAACAUAAAAUAAAUUUCCCUAGAUUUAGAAGAAAAUUAGAUUGAAGAUUAUGGUAUUUCAUAGUUAAGAUAAGGAUUAGCUAGGUGUCAAAAAAUGCAAGAUCUCUCACUUAACUUAAACUCAAAUCUAAAAAUAUCAGAUGAUGGAAUAUCUAAUAUGAGUAGAAACCUUGAAGUUCUUAUGAAUCUAACAAAAUUAACACUUAGUAUAGAGAGAACUAAUGUCAGUGAUGGAGGAGUUAGUAGCUUAGGAAAAUUUAUUCUAAAGUUAAAAAAUCUUCAAAUUGUUUCUCUUUCUCUUUUAAAUGGGUCAUUUCUUAGCGGAUUUUAAUUAAGAGAAGGAGGUCCUAAUAUUUUAGCAUCAGCUCUCGGACAUCAUUAAAACAUAAAUACCUUAGAUUUAAAUAUAGAAAAUUUAACAACUUUUUUUGGAGAAGGAAUUCCUGAAAAUAUAAAUCUAUAGAGCUUAUCUAUUCAUACAUAACUAUCAUAUGUUGAUUAAGAUAAAAAUACCUUUGCCUUUGGGUUAGGAUUGAAAAAUUUUAUAAAUCUUAGCUCAUUCCGUUUAAUUUAUAAAAAUAAAACACAUGAAAAAAUAAACAAUUAAUGA